CGUGUCUUUUUCAAAUAGGAAUCUGCAUUCAUGCCUGGCUACUGAAGUUUAUAUUCGAUUUAAAAAUGGUAUAAAGCAUUAAUAGUCAUAUAUAUUUUUUUCGUUAAUUCUUUAUAUGAUUUUACUUUUAAUUCCCCGUUUUUUUAAAUUUAGCUCUUUUUAUUUUACAGAAGCUGCUCAUCACUGACCAGCUGAGCAGUGUUGAGCAACCUACUACCUAUAACACUUAAAACAUCGAUAAAUCUCAUUACUAUCGAUAUUAUACACUAACCAGUGAUGUUUAACGACAGCCAUUAGUGUUGCCUAGUUUUUGAAAACAGCACGUGUGCCGCUUUGGCACAGAAAUUAGUUUUUCUGAUUAUACUCGAAGUAAAUACAUUAAAAUGACAGCCGUAGAGCCACUUGCAAAGAAAAAGCGCAAGAUUUCCAAGAAGAAUAAAUCUGCAUGGCGCAAGACAGACAUCCAGGAUGUGGAGCAGUUUUUGGAAGACCAGCGACAGGAGGAGCGUAUCGGGACAUUCACGGACAAGCAAGACAAAGACCUGUUCGUGGUAGAUGCCACGCCACAGAAAACGAAACCAUCGUUGCUAAGUGUUAAACAAAAGCGAAAGCUGAACGCCAAAAAACCGAUGCGCACCUACCAGGCGCUGGAGAACACAUCCAAGGUCGAGGAUCCCAUAGCCAAACGCAAUAAAGUGAAACAAAAGAAGAACGGACGCAAUAUUGAGUUGGAGGUGUGCAAUCCCACCAAGCCACGCCAUCGCCAAGCCAACAGUGAUCGCGCACUCUACUAUGCGAAGUUGGAACAAAGGCUCGAGGACAAGAAAAGUAAAAAGUUACCAGUAGAGAAAGACAUCUGGCAGGAAGAAGACUUCCGCGACAAGAUCCCUGGAUUGAAAGACAAAAAGGGCUGGAUCAGUAGGGAGUUAGCGCUGCACGUGGCUGGGAAUGUAGGAAAGAAGGUGGUCAAGACUCAUGCCAGUCUGCACCAUAACACCACUAAGGCCAAAAAGUUCGCGCUGCCGCACCCGGGCAUGAGUUACAAUCCCUCGUUGCAAGACCAUCAGGAACUACUGCAGCAGGUGGUAGAGCGGGAGGAGGGUAUCAUCAAAAAGGAGAAACAUUUAAAGCGCGUGACCACCAGCAUGUUCUCUAAAGUAACGCCCGAAGAGCGUGACCAGCGCCGAGUGCAGGAGAUGAGUCAGGGUAUGGAUGAUGAACAGGACGAUCAGGAGGAGCAGGAGGAAGAUCCGAAUCCCGGACAAGAGGACAAGCCCUAUCAUACGAUUAACGCUCCCGUGGAAAACAAGAAGAAGAGUAAACAGGCUCGCAAUAAAGAGCUUAAGCAGAAGGAGCUACAGCGUCAAACCGAACUGAAGCGGAAGCUUAAGCGACAAACAGCCGACUUGAUUCGGAUCAAAUCCAUUCGUGCCGAGUUAAACGAAGAAGAGGAAGAACUGAACGACCUGAAGAAGAGGCGCAAGCAGCGCGCCGAGAAGGCAAAGUUCAAUCCGAAACGUUUAGGGCGGCACAAAUUCGAGGAGCCGGACGUGGAUGUAAAUAUGCCAGAGGAUUUGGCCGGAAAUCUUCGCAAUGUCAAGACCGAGAGCAGCUUGCUGAAGGACCGCUUCCUUCUUAUGCAGAGGAACAAUAUGCUGCCCACAACAAAGGCAGUCGGACGCAAGAAGGCCAAGGUUAAACGCUUCGCACGCAGCUCCCAUAAAGAACCGGGCGUCAGCUACCAAGAUUUAAAAGAGCGUCGUAAGAAAGCUGCCGCUGCUGCCUCUUCUAACUCUGACACCAUCAAGAUAUAAGUUGGCUAUUUAGGUCAUAUAUUAGUUUUUAUUAUAUUAAGCCUACAAUACAUUAAAUUGUAAACCCUGUAA